AUGAAGUAUCCUCCUGCUCCUCAGAGUAAAUCUCUGUUAGAUAUGGAAGUAGCCAACUACUGUGAAGGCCUGGACCCCUCGUACAGCACACUGGGCUUUGAGAAUGCAGAGGUGCUGUGUGGCGGAGGAGACAGCAUGCCAACGGAGCCGAGUCUGCCCGGUCCUGACGGAAUCAGCAGCAACUGUGCGAUCUGUGGAGACAAAGCCACGGGGAAACACUACGGGGCGUCCAGCUGUGACGGCUGCAAAGGCUUCUUCAGACGCUCCAUACGCAAGAACCACAUCUACACCUGCAGGUUCAGCAGGCAGUGCAUCGUGGAUAAAGAUAAGAGGAACCAGUGUCGUUUCUGCAGACUCAACAAAUGCUUCAGAGCUGGCAUGAAAAAAGAAGCCGUACAGAACGAGAGAGAUCGGAUCAGCUCUCGUAGAAACAUCCCUGACUCCCAAGACCUGCCGCCCAUCACUAUUCUGGCCCAGGCAGAGUCGCUGUCCCAACAGAUCACUGCUCCAGUUUCAGUGGCGGACUUAUCGGAGCAGAAGUCGGCCACGGUCGGGGACCUGUGCGAGUCGAUGAGACAGCAGUUACUGGUUUUAGUGGAGUGGGCCAAAUACAUUCCUACCUUUGGAGAGCUGCCGCUGGACGACCAGGUGAGCUUGCUCAGGGCUCACGCGGGCGAACACCUCCUGCUCGGGGUCGCCAAAAGGUCAAUGGCGUUCCAGGACUUCUUGCUUUUAGGUAACGGCUGCGUGAUCCACAGAAACAGCCCCGAACAGGAGAUAUGCCGGGUGGCCAACCGAGUGCUGGACGAGCUGGUCCAGCCCUUCCAGAAUAUUCAAAUAGACGACAAUGAGUAUGCAGCGCUCAAGGCUAUCGUCUUCUUUGACCCAGAUGCAAAGUCUUUGCGGGACCCUUCGAAGAUCAAGGCCAUCCGUCUGCAGGUUCAGAUGAGUCUGGAGGACUACAUCAACGACCGCCAGUACGACUCCAGGGGUCGCUUCGGAGAGCUGCUGCUCCUGCUGCCCACCCUGCAGAGCAUCACCUGGCAGAUGAUCGAGCAGCUCCAGUUCAUCAAGCUCUGCGGCCUGGCCAAGAUAGACAACCUGCUGCACGAGAUGCUGCUGGGAGGCUUGACAUCAGAGCCCACUCACCUGCACCACCCAGCCCACGCCCAGCUGGCCCAGGACCCCAUGACCGGACACACACUGGUCAUCGGCACCAUGCCCGUCACUCACACUCCGCAGAUGGCCUCUCCUGACACUCCCAUCCCGUCGCCCCCGCAGGGUCCUGUCCCGGAGAUGUACAAACACUUUCCCCAGCCGCUUUGUCCUCCGGCCAGCCCCUCGCCUCCCUUGCAGACAGACCCCUGACGUCCGUCCCCCCCCCCUCCUCCGGCACACUCUCUCCAGAGAAGCUGACACGGGAUCAGCUCCCUUGCCCUCAAUUCAUCAUCCCAGCCAUGAUAUAAAACUUACGAAAGCAAUCUGUGUUCAGGUUAGACUUUGCCCCCCCAAUGGUGGUGAUGUAACAGUGACUCUGAUAUGAUUAAAGCCGCCAGUUUAAAAAAACUCCAGAAUGUCAGUUUCAAAUUAAGUGACUAAUAAAACACCACUGUCAGUUUUUAACCAGCCGAACCUGCACAUUGAUUUUUGUGGUCACCUGAAACUAAUAUAUUAGUUUCCAGUUCAGUAUUCACUCACGCAGUCAUGUCACUAAGUUACACUGCACAAUGGAAAUUAAACUUAUCUAAACUUAACAAAUCAUAAUUUCAAAAUAAUAUUUUACUGUGUGGGGAAAGUAGAUUCAGUGGUUUGUAUUCAUUACUGAGCCACGAAAACUAUAUAGUAUAAAUUAUACGAUGGCAAAUACAGAGCAAAUUCUUAACAAACAUGUGUUCAGCAGCUUAACAUAAUAUAAGGGGUAUUGUAGUCUAUGGCCAAAGUCAAUGUAAUAGUAAUAGAAAUGUCAUUUAUAAAUAACUUGUACAGACAUAAGUUAAAUGCAAAACAUGUGGACAAUUAUAAUAUUUUAUGAACUUGCUGUAUAUACUCAAAUUGCUGAUUAGAAAUAUUUGAACAAUCAAU